AUGGAAAACUCAGAUUCUGGCGAUGAAGGAGAUGACUCUGCGGCCCAGCGCAGAAGUCAUACCAACCAAUUAGUUCAAGAUUACUAUCUAUUUGUAAGUAACCUGAGUGAAGACGAGGACAAGCUUAUGAAGGGUAACAAUCUGCUAGGCAACCCAGGUGAAAGUACAGAAGAAGAGUUGCGGAGAAGACUUCACCUAGUCAAAGAAAAUCUACAGGGCAACUCAGGUGAAAAUACAGGUGAAGGAAAUUCUUCAGAUGACUCUUUAAUAGAUUGGCUUAUCUCUUUUGAACCAACUGAAAAUGUGACAAGUGGGGAAAGAGAACCCCAACCUUGUAGAGAAGUCAGCCAGGUGAAUCCUCCCAAUGAUUUCAGAUUCAGUUCUGGCAGUUCAAGUGCAGAGAGUAAAUAUGUACCAUCAACAAGAUUUCCUAGUGGACAAAGUGUGGAAAAUGGCCACAAUCACAUGGCAAAUCCACAAUCUGAAUCACGAUUUACCAGACCAUCUAAAUCAGAACAAAGUACACCAAGGCCACCAAUAAAAGUCCCACCUACUAGAGGUCAGAAAAGAGCAAGGAGCAGGAGCCCAGACCACAGUAGAACCAGAGCAAGAACUGAAAGUGGGUCACCUCUUCAUCAUAGUCAAUCAUCUCCAAAGGGUGGCUCUAUAAGAGACCAGCUGACCUCCGGUGAACAAACUAGAAAUGUGAUAUGUGGGCAGAGAAAAUACCAACCUUGGAGAGAAGUGAGCCAGGCUAAUCCACACAGUGACUGCAUAUUCAGUUCUGGAAGUCCAAGUGCAGAGAACAGAUAUGCACAAUCUACAAGACUUCCCAGAAGAAAUAGCCACAGUCAUGUGAAAAACGCACAAUCUGAAUCACAAUUUACCAGACCAUCUACAUCAGAACAAAGUACAGCAAGGCCAUCAACAAAAGUCCCACCUACUAGAGGUCAGAAAAGAGCAAGAAGCAGGAGCCCAGACCAGAGUAGAACCAGAGCAAGAACUGAAAGUAUGUCACCUCCACGUUCAUUGGGACAAAUUUCACAAAGCCCUCAUCAUAGUCAAUCAUCUCCAAUGAGUGGCUCUAUAAGAGACCAGCUGAACUCUUUCCAGCAAACUAAAAAUGUGAUAUGUGGGCAAGGAGAACACCAACCUUGGAGAGAAGUGAGCCAGAUUCAUCCACCCAGUGACUUCAGAUUCAGUUCUGGCAGUCCAAGUGCAGAGAAUAAAUCUACACCAUCUACAAGACUUUCCAGAAGAAAAAAUGUGGAAAAUAGCCACAGUGACAUGGAAAAUGCACCAUCUGAGUCAAGAUUUACCAGACCAUGUAAAUCAGAACAAAGUACACCAAGGCCACCAAUGAAAGUCCCACCUACAAAAGGUCAGAAAAGAGCAAGAAGCAGGAGCCCAGACCAGAGUAGAACCAGAGCAAGAACCGAAAGUGGGUCACCUCCACAUUCACUGGGUCAAUUUUUGCAAAGAUUCCAUCACAGUGCACCAUCUCCAAUUUUUGAGCAGCCUUUCCUAAGUGAGAUAGAGAGAUUUUUUAGAUCUCGGGACCAAGAAACAUCGAGACAGCAAACAGUUGCACUUGAAUCACAACAUAGGCAUCUUUUUGCAUCGUCUGGGACAAGAAACACUGUUCAAGGAGAAUUUUCUCCAAACACAACUGGUGAUGGUGAAUCUUGUGGAUUGAGACAGAUAUAUCCAACAAUAUGUCCCUGUUCUGCAGUAGGACAAGCUCAUCCUGUAGCAUAUUCUGAGAGAGACAGCAUAACUAGUAGAACUCAAAUAACAUCUGAGAUACCAAAUAACACUGUCACUUUAGAAAGUGAACAAGGAGAACUUAGGCAUAUGCUUUCAUAUUAUGAGCAGGCAGAUAUGAGAGCUUAUGUUAGUACCAUUGGAAUUCCCAUUUGUCCAAUUUUAAGUACAGGUUUAAGUGAUACAAUAUCUGGUGCAAUUCCAAGCACAUUAAGGCCUACAGUGACAGAUUUUAGUGACUCAAGUAAUCUUACGGACAGUGAGAGUGAUUUGGAGCCUAGGCAGGCAGCUCCAAGUCAAUACAUGGAAGAGUCACCCAAUGGAAGCGAUAGUUCUCAUGGCAGAAGUAGUUUUAGUUCCAACUCAAAUUGUAGCUGUGAUUCCUGUUUACAUUCCACAUUGACUUCUAGUUCAAACUCCAGUUACACAGCCAGUUCCAGUUUCAGUCUGAUUUCCAGUUCCAGUUUCAGUCUGAUGUCCAGUUCCAGCUCUAGUAUGAUGUCCAGUUCCAGCUCCAGUAUGAUGUCCAGUUCCAGCUCCAGUAUGAUGUCCAGAUCCAGCUCCAGUCUGAUGUUCAGUUCCAGCUCCAGUAUUAUGUCCAGUUCCAGCUCCAGUCUGAUGCCCAGUUCCAGCUCCAGUCCUGUGUCCAGUUCCAGCUCCUUUAGUGAUGAAAAUUCAGAAAUAAGCACACUAUUCUCUGAAGGCAGUGAUGAAAGAACAUUCUCACCAUACUCAUCAGAAACCUGGAGUGACAGUAGAUCUAUGACCCCAAUAUCAGCAGAUGAAAGUGGCUCUUGGCCUCUCCUUGACCAAUUUUUUCUCUUGAAUGAUAAUGAUAACCAAUCUACAGGACUCAGCAAAGCAGAGAUUGACAACUUGGCUAUAAGACCUUUUUCUAAAAAUGAUACGUUGAAAGUCUGUAUCAUUUGUAUUACAGAGUACACAGAAGGCGACAGGCUUCGCAUACUGCCUUGCUCCCAUGAAUAUCAUGUGCACUGUAUUGAUCACUGGCUGUCAGACAACGAUACCUGCCCUAUUUGUCGCAGGAAAGUAGGAGGCUCUAGUUAGAAAAUUUUAAUUGACAUCUGAAUUCUCAGCUAUCUAAACUGUUAUAGUGAUGGACAAACAACAGUCACCUGGCUUAUACCAACUUUUGGGGUGAUGCUUAAAUAUAAUAAUCUGAAUCUAAUUGUGAAUCUAAAUGUAACAACGCACUGAACCAU